CCUCUAAUUAUAACGACAAACUAGCCUGUUGACGUCCGAUCGGAGCAGCGCUUCUUCCUGGUUACGAAAGCUAAAAGGUACCAGCUACUAUAGUCUGCUUCUCCCGGGCUGUUGGUGUUCCUCCUCUGGUCAGCGGGGCUCCGCCCAAGUGUGCUCCCCGGCGGCUUCAGUCAGUGACAGACGGUCGCUCGCAUCAGACUUCCACCGUAGAUCCUCCCGGGAUGUCUUUCCUGGAGAAGCCGGCCCCCGGCAGGCUGCUGCUGGAUGACACCGUGCCCCUGACGGCGGUGAUCGAAGCCAGCCAGAACCUGCAGUCCCACACGGAGUACAUUGUCCGAGUCCAGAGGGGCGUGUCUUCAGAGAACAGCUGGCAGGUGAUCCGGCGUUACAGUGACUUUGAUGUUCUCAACAGCAGCCUGAUGGUUUGUGGCAUCAGUCUCCCUCUUCCUCCAAAGAAGCUAAUUGGAAACAUGGACAGGGAGUUCAUUGCAGAGAGACAGAGAGGACUGCAGGCCUUUCUGGACUCAAUUACCCAGCAUCCCUUGCUUUCCUGCUCCCUGACUGUCAAGAAGUUUCUGGACCCCAACAACUACUCUGCCAACUACACAGAGAUCGCCCUGCAGCAGGUCUCCAUGUUCUUCAGGUCGGACCUGAAGUGGGAGGUCCUGGAGCCUCUCAAAGACAUCGGCUGGAGGAUCAGGAAGAAAUACUUUUUAAUCAAAAAUAAAGAGCAGCCCAAGGAGAUGUAUCUGCUGAGCUGGGUGGACCUGGGUCCUGAUAAGUUCCUGCCCGACAAAGACCUGCAGUCAGCCAUGAAGCUCCUAACCAGCCUCUCGACUCCAUAUCUCUGUCCGCUGUUGUUCUCCAGCACCAGCGAGUCUUCAGCUCUGCUCAUCCGGCCGUUCACUGAGAAAGGCUCUCUGAGAGACCACCUCUGUAAGGUGAAGCCCCGAGAGAGUUACCUGAAGAAGUACUGUAACCCGAAGAAGAGUCAGGGUCUCGAACUGCAGCACAUCAAACUGUACGGCCGUCAGAUCCUGGAGGGCCUAAAGCUCCUCCAUGACGGCGGAUUAUUUUACGGUCACCUGCACGCGUCCAACAUAAUUGUGGAUGACGGCGUGUGUCGACUGAUGGACAUAGAGAACGGCAUGCUGGGAGUUCCCUCGGCACUGCGACCCGCCUUCACCCAGCUCAGGAAGAUCAACACCACGGAGAGCAUCGACAUCUUCUGCUUUGGACAUUUACUGUACGAGAUGACGUACGGCCGACCGCCGGACAGCGUCCCGGUCGAUCAAUACGCCGAUGUCCCCUACGCCGCUGUGGCAUCCGUGCUGCAGUCCAUUCUGUCCACAGAAGCCUGUAAGAGCGGGAUGCCAACUCUGUUGGAGCUCAUCAAUACACCUCUGUUUAGUGACGUCCAGCUCCAACACUCAGAAAAACUCCAGAUCAAGGUUCCCAGCAGGCUAAAAGAGGCGCUGAAGACUGCAAAGGAGAGUCUGGAGAAGAGGCUGCAGGAGGAGCAGAGAGUGCUCCACCAGCACAGGAGGCUAACCAGAGCUCAGUCUCACCACGGCUCAGAAGAGGAGAGGAAGAGGAGGAAGAUUCUGGCGAGGAAGAAGUCCAGACAGUCAGCUUUUGAAAAUGAAGAAGACGUCACUGUCAGAAACAACAAUAACUCUGGUUCUGGAGCCAGUUCCCCUCCGACAUGCCCCUCCUCCCCCACUCCUCCAUCCACUACAGGAUCCCUGACUACUCCUCCCCCUCCCCCUCCUCUUCCCCCUGCUAUGCUGGACUCGUCCUCCCGUGCCCCUCCUCCUCCUCUGUCCUCCUCUGGCGGAGCGGGAGGAGGUCGCACCGCCUUGCUGAGCUCCAUCCAGGCCUUCUCCAAGAACAAACUGAAGAAGUCCGAAACCGUCGACCGCAGCAAACCCAUCAUCUGACCCCGCCCUCCAGGGCAACCUGUCCCCGACCGGGACACCGUCUGGAUGGACCUGCUGGUUCUGCACUGUGGUCUGGACCGCUUCACGUCCUCCCUCCCUCCCUGAGAUGUGAAAAAGAAUCACUAACAACAACAACAAAAAAUCCAAGUACCAUUU